UGCAGCCAAGGAACCCAAGCCACAGGGCAAUCAAAGUGGUGCCAACGCAGCAUCUCCUCUCACAUAUCCACUUACACGUCCCCCUUUGCCCUCUCCUCUCACACGUUCCUCUUGUCCGUGCCUCCCACACACCAACCCGUGCAGCCAAGGAGCCCGAGCCAAUGUCUCACAUGUUCUUCAUGUGUCCCACGUGUGUCUCAUGCAGCCAUCUGCUGGCUCAGCAGGGGCUGCAGCAGCUGAUGCAAGGAACAAGCUGGUGGAACGAGGAGAGAAGAUCAGUAAACUGAACGACAUGGCGGAUGAGCUGGAGGCAGAUACAGCUGAGUUCAGUGACUUGGCAGCACAGCUCAAAAAGAAGAUGGAGAAGAGGUGGUGGUGA